GUAUACCCAGCAAAGAAUCAAAGGAAUCCCAGAUAAAUAUCUGAAAUCCUCAUUCUAUAAUUAGACUGCCAGAUAUAAAAUGUUGUCAUAUUCCGUGAACUUGAAACAAGAGAAAGCUUCUUCUUUCACAAGCUUCCUCUUUUUACUGAUCAAUUUUUAAGAUGACAAUGUUAAAUUUAAAUUGAUCAGUCACUUUGAACUUGCGUCUUUACACGCUGAACAUUUUAACAGCCAGCGUUAAGCCCUUACGAGAAUUAAUUUUUAUUAUCAGAGAUGAAGGAGACUCGUGUGCUUCACUCAUGCAAUUAAAAGUACAAUAAGAUUAUGGUGUUCUGUGAGAGGGGAACAAUAAGUAAUAGCACAAAUAAUAUAUAUUUCAAAUAACGAUUGGUAAGAAAUAUGUGUGCACGACUUUUAGCAUGUCCCUUGUGCUCACAACCAGGUUUUUUAACAUUGGAUGCAUUGCGAACAGGAUUAAUAAGUGUGGCAACAAGACCUCUCACAUGCCCAGUGUGUAAUGAAGUAUUGCUUGGCAUUGAUAAGCUUACUAUUCAUUUGUUUAGUCAUACUAUUAAUUUGAACAGCAGCAACUCAAUAGAAUUAUCGAAACCUGCGAGCAUCGUCACCAGUAAUAAUUCAUCAGCAAUAAAUAAUUUAGAAACUGGCACUGUUCAAGAUUGGAAUCUGUCUAAAAUACAAAUCGCAGAUUCAAAUAAAAUAUUACAGAGCCACUUUAACGUUCAUAAUAAUAAUCUGAUAUCACCUCAAAUUCAACAAGAUUCUAAGAACGAGAGUUUAGACGUUUCCCUUCAAGAUCAACAAACGAAUCAUGUGCCUCAAGUUACAUUUCUGCAAGAUUUGAUUUACGGAAACAAAGAGAUCCUCUAUAGAAAUCAGAAAAUAGACUCGCAAAAGGGAUCUGAACAAAUAUUACAAGAGUCAGUCAAGGUAAACUAUGAUACGCAGCAGUAUCCUGAUCAAGAUGUAAAGCAUGUUAACUGUGUACAAAAUUAUCCUGAGAUACAAUAUGAAAAUGUCUCGACAUUUAAAGUCUGGAUGCAAGAUCAAUAUUACGAACAUCAAAAUGAAAACUUGACAAAGAACGUAGUGGAAGAGAAAAAGUCUUAUGAUAACAAAAAUACAGUAACGACGAGUAAAUUUCCAAAUGCUAAGACUGCUUCUGCUAAUGUACUAUCAGAGAAAGCUAAUAGUAAAAAUGCGACAGAGAAUUUAUCUGCUAUAAGUAACAAAAAUCUUGAACAUCAAGAGGUGUUGCCUCACUUGAAACUUAUAAAAACCUCAUCGACAAAUGAAAAGACUGAACGUUGUAAUAUAUGUGGCUUCUACUUCCCUGACCAUAAUAUCUUACUUUUACACAAACAAUUGGUACAUAUGAUCGACGAAAAGGAUUUGAAUGUUGUCCCUGAGAAUUUACUUAAGAAUUAUUCGUGUCAUUUGUGUUCGAAAGUAUUUAAAAUGAGGGGAAGUUUGAUGGUGCACAUGAGAGUAGCACACAUGGGAUACAACCUGGGAUCAUUAGCCAAGGGUGGACAGAUUGAACUCAUACUUAAUGAAAAUAAAUACAGUUGCCCGACGUGUGGGAAAAAGUUUAAGAAGGAACAACAUGUGAUGCAGCAUUUAAAAACGCACGAGGCUAAACAGUGGGAAUGCGACGUGUGCAAUAAAAUGUUUACAACAAAGUACUUUCUAAAAAAGCAUAAGAGAUUGCAUUCAGGCGAGAUGCCUUACAAGUGCAAUAUAUGCAAUAAAACGUUCACCUUUCAACAAUCGUAUCACAAGCAUAGGUUGUACCACAAAGAUGACAAACCACAUACAUGUACCACUUGUGGAAGAUCGUUUAAAGAAUUAUCUACCCUACACAAUCACGAAAGGAUUCACACAGGAGAAAAACCUUUCGCGUGCGAAACUUGCGGAAAAUGUUUCCGUCAACGUGUUUCUUAUUUAGUACAUAGAAGAAUCCACACAGGUAUCAUGCCUUACAAAUGUACCACAUGUGGAAAAUGCUUCAGAUACAAGGUGAGUCAAAGAACACAUAAGUGUCCAGCACAGCAAACAGAAAAAUUGCAACCAGAAAAUACCACAGAUCAACCGCCAAUCAAUUUAAUAAAUACACAAAAUGUAACAAAUGACUUGAGUAAAACUCAGAAAGGUUUUUUAAAAGAUGGUCAGUCCAUGUUAAAUAUCAUAAAUAAUGAAGAGAACAAGUAUGUACUAAUAAUAAAUGCUGAAGAUCAACAUAUUGUAACGGAGGAACCUAAUAGUGAAGGAGUGCAAGCUAGUGCCAAUAAGAAACAAAAGUUAGAAGAACUGAUUAUGAAUAAUGAAGAUAAAGAGCAAAGAAAUGCAUGGAAGUCAGGCAUUUCUAAUAAUCCUGUGCUCAAACAAUGCAUUGAAACUAGCAAGACAAUAAAUUCGGGAAAUGAGGAAAAUGCUGACUUCUUUUCAAUGGUGAUAUCACCACUAGAAAAUGGAUUGUCUUCGCCUACUGCUGAAAUGGAACACUUGAGAGUAUCGUCGCCUACACAAAAAGAUAUAAUGAGACCUUACGAUACUUUCAGAAGUACAGUACAUAACAUGGACAUAAUUAAUACAAAUAUGGAACAAACUUUUGCCGGUGUAAACAAUAACACCAAUAAUUUACAAACUAUUAACGAAGAAUCUUUGAAACAGCUGUUGUAUAGUAUUAAUGAGAAAUAAUACAUAAUUCUCAGGCGGGAUAGUUACACAUUGUUAUUAUAGUUAUUGUUGCAACAAAUAAACGAAAAUACAUUAAAAAAUCUGAUGAUUUUA